AUGAAUUUCGACUUCGGAGAAUUGAAGAAAAGCCGCGCCGAAGAGCUCGAAUUCCUGACCAAAAAAGGCGCCUUCAUACUACCGCCACGUCCCUUCCAACUCGCGCUGGUUCGCUCAUACAUCAAUUACAUCCACCCCCGGGUCCCAUUCGUCAAUAUCGGAGAGUUACUACACACCAUAUCAGCGGAAACCCAAGCCCAGGAUAUCAGCAUCCUACUCCUCCAAGCGAUAUUUUUCGCUGGAUCAGUCUUCACCACCCCCGCGGACCUGAGCGCAGCGGGCUACAAAAGCAAAUCCGCUGUAUGUGGGGAACUCUUUGCCCGAGCGCGCUGUUUGUUCGAUUUAGAUUACGAGCAAGAUCGUCUGAUAGUCAUCAAGUCACUUGUGCUACUAUCAUUCCGGAAGGAAAAGGACACAGAUAAGGAUCCUCGGCAUUGGAUGAACAUAGCCGUGUCCCUGGCUUACACAGCUGGCUUGCAUCGCUUUCCCGAUCCCAGGGUCUCGGUUGGAAUGCAGCGCGAUCGCGCGCGGACAUGGUGGAGUCUCUUUUGCCUAGACAGGUUCUUGUCAUUGAGUAUGAAACGCGCCGGGAUCAUCGACGACGAAGCGUUUGAAACACCGAUUUUGACAAUGAGUGAUUUCGAGUUUCCAUCAUAUACACCCGGAGAAGUCGAUGCGUUGAACACUUCUGAGAUUAUGCAAGAUGUUGAGGUUCAGAAACGGCUCGCUUUGAUUUUUAUAGAGAAUACGAAGCUGAGUCUUUGUGUGAGUCGGGUGCUCAAUGCGUUGGAGUUUCCUCGUGGGCUUUGUGCUGGUCCUUUCAUGGAAACACCUGCGACAAGUCGGUCGUCGGAAGGAUUCGGCACAUUAUCCAACUUUUAUUGCAUACAGGAACUUGAAACUUGGGUGGCCAACCUUCCGGCUACUAUAACAGAGCUGCCGUUGUUUUACACGCUGUCGAGCGAGGCGAACAAGGUGCUACGCUCGCAUUAUUGUGCAUUGCGAACGUUACAUCUUGCGGCGUCGACUCUUAUUUACCGGUCUUUAGAAGCCCAAUGA